AUGACGGGAGCCAAACAAGGCGCAGGGGAAGAAGAGCGAGUGACGCUGGACCUUCUCAAGAAGAAGAUGGACGAUUUUGCUAAGGAAAGAGACUGGGAAAAAUUCCACAGCCCUCGAAAUCUUCUUCUGGCUUUGGUUGGAGAAAUUGGAGAGCUAUCUGAAAUAUUUCAAUGGAAAGGGGAAGUUCCAAAGGGGCUGCCUGAUUGGAAGGAAGAGGAAAAGGUGCAUCUGGGGGAGGAGCUAUCCGACGUUCUGCUGUACCUGAUUAGGUUAUCCGACAUUUGUGGGAUUGACCUGGAUAAGGCUGCCCUACGCAAGAUUGAGCUGAACGGGGUGAAAUACCCGGUUUGCCCCUCCAAGGGCGCCGCAGACCAGAGCAAGGAUGAUGACGUCAAGGGGUGA